UCUGUAAGUUUCCCUUCAGACUAAAGAAGCCCACAAACGAGAACAGGAGUAUAGCGUUUUGCGCUCUCCAACAUAAUAUUUAACCGAGAAUAUUUAACCAUCUGAAAGUAAACAGUAUGAUGCUUCAGCAUCCUGGACUGGGUCCCUCGGAGAUCAGCGCGUCUGCACUGGUACCUUGCUUGUCCCCACCGGGUUCACUCACACUGGAGGACUUCACCAACUUCACGCCGCUGGUUAAGGAGGAGCUGCGCUUCGCCAUUCAGAACAAACGUCUGUCGAACGGGCUGAGCUCCGUGAUGAGUGACUGCACCAGCCCGACCUCGGAAAGAACCACCGAGCUCCCGGUUAAGAGAGAGAUCACCCCAGAGGAAAAUGAGAGGAAGAAAAGAAGACGGGAAAGAAAUAAGAUAGCUGCUGCUAAAUGCAGGAAUAAGAAGAAGGAGAAAACUGACAGUCUACAGAAGGAGUCAGAGAAGCUGGAGACCAUCAACGCAGACCUGAAGGCACAGAUUGAGGAGCUGAAGAGCCAGAAACAGCAGCUGGUGUACAUGCUUAACCUUCACAGACCCACUUGUAUCGUCCGCGCUCAGAACGGUCAGACACCUGAAGACGAGAGGAACCUCUUCAUCCAGCAGAUAAAAGAAGGGACCCUGCAGGGCUUGAUGGUGCCCCCUGCUGGACUAACACUCACCUCAGUGCCCACCUCAUGUGGGCACCACUGACUCAUGAACUAGUUGGGGUGAGGGCGUCUCAUUCCCCAUGCUACCUGCUACAUAAAGUCCUUCUGUCACAACCCAGGGCUUCGCACUUUCCACUCUUGAUCUUAGUGACUGUUGCAGAAAAAUGGCACAGACAUCAGAAGAUGACGCCCAGUGUUGGGGGAGACCACAGCAUGUCGAGGAGCUGUCAUGGGACUAAAGGAGCAAAAUAAUGCGAUAUUUAAUUUUUUUAUCAUUUUACUUAACUUUUACACUGUUGUCUAUAGUGAGUCACUGUGUAUGUAUAAGUAUUUGCAAAAGUGUGAUACUUCGCUGUGUCAAAGAGCAAAAAGGGAGGUCAUUGGGCUCACAGGUCAGUUGAGAUGAUUGUUUUUACAGCAGGAAACUGGCUGUCAGUCCUGCGGGGUUAAAACAUGCACUACACUGGUAAAUCUUCAAAUGGAACACGAGUCAUAUAUGUAUGUAUGGAGAGGUUAACAUGUCUUGUCUUGAAGUGUUCUGUGCAGGAUGAAGAUGAUGAUUGCUGUUGCUUCUGUUUUUAUUUGUAUCCUUAUUUGAGAUGGAGAGGCUGGUAUCCCAUCAGGGCUGUAUAGUGAAUUCUUGCUCCUGUGCAUUUCUGCCUUGUCUGCUGCAUCCUCAGUGGUUUUCAGUGACUGUUAGCUCACUUCAUCACUCAGAAGCUGCUACUGAUCUCUCAGGACACACACAUCAUAGAAGCCCCAGCCCUGCGGAAGAAAAGAGGUGCUGAGGGGGGAAAUUCCUAAACCGCACAUGUGCUAGUCUUGCUGGUUUUGGAGCCUGUGGGUCUGCGUGGCCAUGGCGCAUCAACCUGGUCUCAGGGACCUUCAGUGAAUCAAAGGAUCCACACAGCUGUCAUGACUGUAGCCGUCAGAAUCCUCCAGUGAGGAUGUCAGCCGAAUCAUUACAAAAAGAAGAGCACGUUCAUGGUGGCAUGUGAUGUUGUCUUUAUUUAAGUUGGAAAGCUGAUUUUGUGUUUAAGCGUGUAUGUUGUUAUUUAUGUAGUUCAGAGUGCACAGCAAGAAGAGAAUUUAAAAGAGCACCUGUUUGUGUCAUAACCAAUAACUAACACCUCUCGCAGUCUAUGAAAAGAGAUUGUAAUAUAUUUAUGAGUUGUACUGUAUGUGGACUAAUAUCACGAAGCUGUUGAAGUCACAAGGUAUCAAUCGACAUAUCUGUGGGCAAUGUAUUUAAUCAUGGAUUACAAAUUUAGUGAAUACAUCAAAAAUAAAUGUCAUAAGGUACAGAGAUGUACUCUAUGCCAAUGUUCUGGCCCUCUAUGUAUUUCACUUGGAUGUCUGUCUGUGAUAUCAGCACUGGUCUGUUACACAAGUCAGAUACUUUCAAAGUUAUUAAGAGACACUUUAACAAGAUGGAAGAUUCACAUUGUAGCUUAAAUGUUGCAGAAAAUGACUAGUGUCACUGCUCAACAGUAGUUUUUCAUGAUUGAUAAGAAGAAACUCGUCUAUGAAUAUAUUUCAAUAAGAUAUUUAGAUAUUGAGGCAAAAGGGUUUUUGCACAGCUUUUUAAGAGCAAGGGACUGCAUAUGUGUGUGUUUUCAAGACGCAGGCGUCAAUCUUUUUUUUUUUUCCUGUGUGGUGGUGUUUGUAUUGUUUUUGACCCAUUAACCUACAAGCAUGCAAGACAUGAAUAAGGUACUACUGAAAAUUUCUAGGGAAGCUAAUCCUCUGUAAUGUGAUUAAAUUUUUUUCUUUGUUAUAUUCUGUGUUGCACCACUCAUGCUAUAUUUGAUGUUUGAGCUCUUCUUAUGAAAGUGUUUAUGAGAACAUGUCCAGAUAUAAGCCUACGAUCCAGACAAAAAUAUUAUAGUAAAAUGCUAUACAAAUACUAUAAUGAAUACUAAAGAUCUAUUCAGGUAUAACAUCUAAUA